CUUCCCUCAAACAUGGCGGAAAUUUCAUGCGAAAUGAAAGUGGGAAUUUGCUGGACAAUUUCACGAAAUUAUGAGAAUUUUUAAAGCCCGUUAACCUUCCACGCACAUCGUCAGUUACAUUAUGGUUCCUGGAACUACGCUACAAGCGGUACCGGUUAAUGGCGAGAUGGCAGACGGCCAAAAUGAUGUGGUUUGCAUCGUUCAAGAUGAAACCUCUUUCGACACUGGACCAUCGAAGUUUCACGUAAAUCUGCCUCGGUCCACAUCGAUACUCGAUCUAUACAAGAGAACGGCGCAGGAGUUUAGCUACGAAGAAGACAGCUUUCUGCUUGUGUGGAAAAAUAACAAAAGUGGGCAAAACAACGAAGUCGCAGAAACGGUUUUGAGAGAUGGCAUCGAGAAUAUGACAUUGGACGAUGUUUGUCAACCACCGGAUAAGAAAAAGCAACGCUUCUUUCUGAGGCAAAAGGAUGACAUUAAUCCGAUACGUAUUAAGAAAAGCACCCAGGUUUGUUGGUAUUUUUAUUUUGUCUAUAAAAUGAUGUGAAGAACUGGUAUAUAUGUUAGACUAGAAUAGUCGAUAGUCAUAUUCUGCUACUCAAAUAAGCAAUUCAGCGUUUUUUACGUAGUGACUUUCUUCCAUGGAUUUGUCACAGAAUAGGAAGGUAUAGCAGAAGUGUAACUCAAGCAAGUAUUUGUCCGCGUUUUUACAAGCAUUUCGUCAUCAAUCACGCCAUCCUGGCUAGUGCAACCGGCACUUUGUACCUACCAAAACCUGAUAAAAACUUCCGGUUGUACUAGCCAGGAUGGCGUGAGCGAGUUAAAAUUUUUGUGGAGGUAAAACAAUAAAGGAACCGACUCAAGUUACACUUAGACUGCUGUACCUUCCUAUUCUGUGGUUUUGUCAUGGUCGGUGGGUGGCACCGGGUGGCAGCACUUGGCACUGCACCCGCCGCGAUAUACCUUCCUAUUCUGUGGUUUUGUCAUGGUCGGUGGGUGGCACCGGGUGGCAGCACUUGGCACUGGACAUUAAUUGUCAAAUUGUCACAAGAUAACAUCGACAAGUUCACAUAAAAACCCGCCCAUCCACUCAUAACGUCGAUUCAACGUUAUUUGUGGCAACAUGAAUAUGGACAUGAAUAUGUGCCAUGUACCCCUUAGGAUAUCACGGAUAUCAUUGAUAAACUGAAUUCAAUGACUGUUUUAUUAUACAUUAGGUUUUUGGGUGAGUGAAAUGUGAAAUGUGAAUUUUACACAUUUAUCAGAUCUAACCAGGAGCAGUUGCAAAAAAUGCAACUAUUGCUCUAAUCAUAUCACUAUUCGCUCUAACUAGCGCUCUAGUCGACCGAGCUACAGAGAGACAAUUGUCGAACUCUAACCACAAGUUCAUGUCAGUGGCACUGUGGCCAGGGGGGGGGGGGCAUGCCCCCCUCCAUAUUGUUGAGACUCGUCGGAAAAUUGGAAAUUUGUUAUGUUGUCGGAAUCUUUGUGGACAAGCAUAGUACCUGCAAUUACGAGCGGGAAUUUUACUUCUCUUCAUUGUCUGACAAACCAAUGCGAAACAUGUUUGAAUAAAAAAAUAUCUAGAUGAAAUAUCGGAAAUCCGACUCAGUUUACGUUUUCCCAAUAUAAGUAGAAUAGUCAAUAUUUAAUUCAAUGUGAUUUUAUAUAUAAUAUUAUUUAUGUCGGAAAAAAUUGUGUUUGUCGGAAAAAUGCUGCCCUUGCCCCCCCUUAAACAUGGGACCCACAACGCCCCUGGUUCAUGUAUAUAUGCCCACAAUGCUGAGCUAUUUUUCUUUAUCCGUUACUUUUUUUCUGAUAAUUCUGAAAGUAAAUAUGUUUUUGUCUUUUUUUUUCUAUGUUUAGGAACAGAGUGCGAGUGAGAAUGAUGCCUUAGCAGAUGGCAGUGUUGCUAACAUGUUCGAUUCAUCAUCGUCAGCUGGUUCCACGUCAACCACACCUUACUACGGACCGUACUCCAACACUAGCAGUAGUUACACUGAUCUUUCCAAGUCUGAUACAGGUAUAUGUAGAAUGUUACACACUUACAUGUAUAUUCUAUUGAGUGCCAGCACUCUCCCCUUGAUGAGUAAAAUUGCCUGGCAUUAGACAAAGUAAAAUAACAAAGUAGGGUGCAUUAGGCCGCAAUUACACUUAAAGUUUAACGUUGACACAUGGGCAGAUAGUCUCAUUAACCUGGCAGCACUUUCCCAGCGACAAAUAAAAUUGCCUGGCAUUAGACUGAGUAUAAUAAGAGGGUGUUGAUGGGUUAUAUUGUGAGUUGUGAUUGUUCAAUUUUCUGAAUUUCGGUUACCAUCAAUCGUGAAAACACUAAAAUUUUACCGUGAAGCGUAAGGGAAAAAAUACUGUUUAUCGUUUCAGAACACUUUUCAGCAGAUUCAAAGAUUUACCGUUAAAAUACCAACAUUUUUACCAUUUACUGAUUUCAAACCCCCCAUCUAGACCCUCUAAUAACAACAGCAGCCUUGCAAUUUUUGGCGGCAAAAGACAAUUGUCCUAAUCUUAAUACCCUUUACCUAAUCCAAACACAACCUUGUACCCAGGGCCUGCUCUGGGUACGAGGUUGAUCCAAACACUAAUCCUAACCCUAAAAAUAGUAACUCCCCCUAAAACGUGACUUAUAUGUAAUAUCAGGGUGCGAGGUACGCCAAAUUUAUGGACUGGUACUUCUUUGUUUUUAGCCAAGUACCACGUAGGUACGCGGAAAUUUACUAUUCGCGUACUUACAUUUCCCUUCUAGCAAUAACUAGCCAACCUGCCACCACUGUAUGUAGCUGAGGUCAGACAGAUAGCAGCCUUGGUAAAUCCACUGUAAAUGAGCAAUGGCAUUCGAGUCACAACGUCGACACUUUGAGAACAGUUAUAUUAUGUUGUACAAAUACCAUAAUUAAAGAUUCAUUUGUACAAAAUUGCCCAUACAUUUUUUGCUUUUGGACCAGUAUUAAAACUAUACGUAGGGAUAAAAACGCAUGACUCGGAAGUAGUCUUAGGUACGUCUUGACUCUUAAGUUUGUACCAGAUCAGGUACGCGGCAAAAGUUGUCGGAGUACCAGUCAGGUACGGCCAAAAAUAUUGAAUUAUCGCACCCUGAAUAUUGAACAUAUUGUGUGUUUUAUUUUAUAUUUUAUGCAAUUUUUUGUUAACUUAUUAAAUAAUUCGGUAAUGUUUCAGGGUGAAGAAAUACAGUGCCAAAGUUAUUGGUGUUUUAUGUAUUAUUUAAAACACGAGUAGGAGUGUUUUAUCAGAUAUAAAACGUGAGGCGCAGCCGAGCGUUUUAUGUCUGAUAAAACACGACAACGAGUCUUUUGAAUAGCUUACAAUACGACUACAAAAGAAUACUACUUAGGAUGAACCAUUAUAUAAUCAUACUAAUUAGGAUGAACAAUUAUAUAAUGCCUCAUGCUUUAUCAGAUAUAAAGUCACUCCACGUGACAUAUUAUGGCCGACAUGAUUUGCUACAAGGAAAAUGUAUGUAUUUUUCAAUUAUUGUAUUUUUCAACACUGAACCUUAAGAACUGUAUCUUAUUUCGUUUCUAGGUCAUGUUGGUCUAGUGAACCAAGCAAUGACAUGUUAUCUGAACAGUCUCUUACAGACGUUAUUCAUGACACCAGAGUUUAGAAAUGCAAUUUACAAGUAAGUGAAACUCUAAUAAUGGAAACUUUAUCAAAUGUUUUUCUUUACAUACAUAUACAAUCGUAAAUCUCUCUCAUAAAGGUAACUUACAAUUGGCUUAUAAUAAUAAUAAAAACAAUAAUAAACUUUAUUUAAAGAAGGUACAAUACUCGAUAGAAACCAGUUUAGCAGAGCUAAUCUUACAAUCAGCCUUCUGUCUUAUUGACUACCUUUUACAAUUUAUAACAAGUUAAAAUUGUACAUUUAACUAGUAGUCUAGUACGUAAAUAUAUAAUACAAAAUUCAAAGAACUACAUUAUAAUCUCAUAAGUGCUUAUAUAUUUAAAAAGUGCUUAUUUAAGCUCUUAUUUUAAAAGUAUUGAGUGAUGUAGAUUGUCUUAUCUCGAAUGGUAAACUAUUAUAUAAAGUUUCACCACUGUAUGUUGUCUAAUUGUUAGUUUAGUUUGCGGUAUCCACAGAUCAUUGCCCACAGAGCUUCUAGUAACUUGUUUAGUCACUGACCAAUUUUAUAUAAACAUAUCUGGGUACCGCAUUGUUCAAAGAUUUUUAUAUAAUACCUUAUUGAAUUCUGAUUGUUUAAUUGGCUAUUUAUGGUCACGUGAUAUUCAAUAGAAAAUUCCAUUUCGCAAGAGUGCAAUGGAAUACGUUUCAUUGCACUGUUGUGAGUGCAAUUGUACUAUACGUUUUAUUCCAUUGCACUCUUUGUGUUUUCGAUAAAUCGCAUACGUCAAAAUGCUUCUCGUACGGUGAUUGCAGUUUAUUUUAACCCGAUAUUCGAAACUCAGUAAAUGGGAUUUAAUGCAAAUACGGCUCGUCAAAAUGGCGGGAGCUUACAGUAAACCUUUUAAUAUUAGUCUAUUUUGGUAUUAUAUUCCUUGAGAAAUAAAUCUUAUCACUUAUCAGCGGUUUUCAUGAAAAACGUCGAUGAGCAUACUGUAGUCAAAGAUGACGCGCACACUGACCAGGAACAGACAACUUUACUUUUUUUGCCUUAGUACUUCUGUUCGGCAAAUAUCUACAAUGUAGCCGAUUAGUUGAUACUCCAUAUGUAAAUUAAGGUGGCAAUUUAAAGGCACUAAGGAAGAGGCUGAGAAAAGUAUUCCUUAUCAAUUACAGAGGUUGUUUGUGCAACUACAG